UUUCAGUCCGAUGGGAAUAAACAAGGCAGUGAGACACCGCCGAGGCACCGCACGGUCGCUCUUGUUGUUUGCCACACAUUGUUUAAUCUUGGUGCUUUGAAUAAUUACUGUAAAAUAAAAAUGCAAACUUUAUGCACUGGACUGUUAAAUUAAGCUAAAGUCACAAAUUGGCAUUAUUAUGUGUAGCAUAUAUAGUGUAAACAUACUUAAUUCGUGAAAUAGGUUAAACAGCCUAUUUAUAUACAAACAUAUAUACAUUUAUUAAACGACAUAAUCGUAAUGGAAAAUACUUCAAAACUUUCUGUCGUCAAAUCUUCCUCAAACAAAAAUAUUCGUCGACAAUUAACGAGGAUAUGAAGAAGGCGGCGCAAACCAUAUGAAUUUGGAUAACGUUAAUAUUUCAUUAUUAAUAGUAUUACAAAUAUUACAAACACUGGAUUGAAAUGGACGCAUAUGCAUUACCAACUUACUUUCCACUGGCGUAUACGGAACUACAGUUCUUAGCAUCUCGGCGAGCCGCUGCUGCUGCUGCAGCCUCAAUGAUCCCAACAACGCACUCCCAGUCUAGUAACCAUAUAUCCUCGCCCUCAACGGAUGUGACUAGCACGGUGCCAGUUUUAGUUCCUCCGUCAACAAUGACAACGGUUCCUGAUUCUACGGCAGUCACAAAUGUAAAUGUAACAAAUGGUCACACAUUACUCAGUAGUAAUGUGGGCGGACAUCACCAUCAUCACCAAUUCCAUGGUCAUGGUGGAGUCACAGGUAUGACUGCUGGUCAAACACAACAACAUGAUUUCCAUCCAGCUUAUCGAAUUCCUGGCUACAUGGAACAAUUUUAUGCCAUGCAACGCAAUAGUCCAUCCGCUUCCUAUCAUGAUCCAUAUGCCAACUGCUCACCGGCAUUUCACCUGGCUGGCUUGGGUCUUGGCUCUGGCGACUACUUAGGCAGCCGAGGAGGUAUGGGAUCGCUGAGCGAUCUACAUCAUGCUGCGGUCGCUGCGGCGGCUGCCGCUGCUGCUGGAUCGCUGGCAAGUACUGAUUUCCAUUUCAGUGUGGAUGGUUCCCGCCCCCCAGGUGGUGGAAGCAUUCGUGCUAGCGUUAGUCGAAAACGUGCACUUUCCUCGUCGCCGUACUCGGAUUCUUUUGAUAUUAGUUCAAUGAUUCGAUUCUCUCCCAACUCUUUGGCCACGCUAAUGAAUGGAUCGCGGGCUAGCAGCGCCGCAAGUGGAGGUUCAUACGGUCAUCUAUCUGCUGGCACAAUCAGUCCUAUGACGCAUAUGUCACCACAUUUGCAACAGCUGCAAGCGCAUUUGCUACGCGCUAGCGCAGGACUCUUGCAACCAGCAAUAACGCCUCAACAGGCCGCGGCAGCAGCAAGUUAUUCGAUGAGUCAUGUUGCUCUCGGCCUUACUGAGCCGGUCUCUGCAAAUUCAAAGGAACUAACGUUGGGCGGCAGUACCAGCCAAACAUCGACGCCAACUUCGACAAUUAUAAGCGCAACUCUAGAUGAGACUACAGUUAAACCAAACGGCCCAAAACAGAAUUACGACGAUCGAUGCAACUCAAAGAUAAAUUGUUUAGGUAAAAAUAGCAGCAUUAAUAACAGUAAGAGGCUACUCGAGCAACCGUCAUCUACUUCAGGAUGCGUUGCCCAAGUCGAAGCAGACAGCGCAACGGCAAAUGUGACCGAACGGCGUCAAAAAGCAAACAAGACGCUAGCUGACGCUAUUAACCGUGGUGAAAGCCACACAUUCGAUCGUGAUCACCAAUUAAACGACUAUGAUUGCGCAACAGCAGACACAACCGAUAUUAAGGAUGAACCAGGCGAUUUUAUCGAAACGCAUUGCCAUUGGUGUAAUUGUAAUAUUGAAUUCGGCACGCAGGAUGAGCUCGUCAAACAUAUUAACAACGAUCAUAUUCAGAGCAACAAAAAGGCAUUUGUAUGUCGAUGGGAAGAUUGCUCGCGCGGUGAAAAGCCUUUCAAGGCCCAGUACAUGCUUGUGGUGCAUAUGCGCCGCCACACAGGAGAAAAACCUCACAAAUGCACUUUUGAAGGCUGUUUCAAAGCUUACUCUCGCUUGGAGAAUUUGAAAACUCAUCUUCGAUCCCACACUGGCGAGAAACCAUAUACUUGCGAAUAUCCCGGAUGCAGCAAGGCAUUUAGUAAUGCGAGCGAUCGAGCUAAGCACCAGAACAGAACGCAUAGUAAUGAGAAGCCCUAUAUUUGCAAAGCACCUGGCUGUACCAAACGAUACACGGAUCCCAGUUCAUUGCGAAAACAUGUGAAGACUGUGCACGGUGCCGAGUUCUAUGCGAAUAAGAAGCACAAGGGAUUACCACUUCAUGAUGUCAACUCAGGGCUGGAGAAGCAUAAAAAUAGUAGUAGGGAGACGACUGAUCAGCAUCAUCACAAUCUAAGCAUUCAGUUGCAGGAGCAAAAUAUCGAUUCCAGCCCUUGCAGCGAUGAUUUGAGAUCUGGCAAAACGAUUAGUGUUUCUAGCCCUAGCAUCAAGUCUGAAUCGGAUGUCAAUUCUCCUGGACAACUAACAAAUGAUUGUCUAAUGCAUUCUUAUCGUCAAGAUGAUGAGAGUUGGCCGUAUAACGAGGAUAUAGAUGCUGCCGAUUUGCCAAUUGUGCUGCGUGCCAUGGUUAAUAUAGGCAAUGGAGGAUCCACGUGUGCUAAUGUCCGUCAGCGUUUUCGCAGCCGAUUGCAAUCAAAAGUGUUUCACUCGGCUGGCACUUCUAUGCUUUCGAAUAUACCUGAGAGUAAUCGACCAAUUGGUAUGUCCGAGCUAAAUCAGCGCAUCACUGAGCUCAAAAUGGAACCCGGUACAGCAAUGACAACACCAACGCCUCAACCUGUGAUCUCGGGUCAAUAUUCGUCUGAUCAUUUUACUGAGCUGCAAAUGAAUAAUACUCAUUUUAUGCAGCAAUCACUCAACAGCUCCAUUCAACAUCCGUCUAUCCCGUCGCAAUUAAGACGCGAUAGUCAAAAUUCGAAUGCUAGCACAUAUUACUGCAGCAUGCCAAGUCGUCGCAGCAGUCAAUCUUCACAAAGGUCUUCCAUAUCGACAAUGCGACCCCGUCCCAUUUAUAAUAAUAAUAAUAAUAUUACCGGACCAACAACAUCCUAUCCGACAUCGCUCUACGAUCCAAUUUCACCAGGUUGUUCGCGGCGCUCCAGUCAAAUGUCAAAUGGCGUUGCUGCGAACGCACAAACAUCUACAAAUACUAACAGUGUUAACAUUCAAGCGAUGGACGCGCCACGUGGGGAAGUAGCUCGAAUGACAGAUAUAUCAGAUAUUCCAUAUGGUACUAGCUUGCCACCACCGCCGUCAUCGCAUUUGAUUGCCACACAUUUGCAACGCUUACAAUCGAGUGAAUCAAGUGCCUCCCAUUUCCAUGGACGUAAUUCGGUGCCAAACACUUUACAGUGUCCCAGCCCAAUGUCAAAUUCAAUUUACUGUUCACUAUAUGAUGGCGAGAGUCAUACGCAAUACGACUCUAAUUAUUCCAGACGACAGUCAGAACCAAUAUUAGCCCAACAAAAAUUUCAGAACAUCUCUACAUCGAACCUCUCGUCAUUUGCAAUUAAUAAUAGCUUCCAGAAUCGAAAUAAAAUAAAAGCAUGCGCAGACUCUGCUGGACAGGACAGUCAACUUCUCACUGAUGUGACCAAAUCGAAUAGUUCAACCGUCGAUUAUCAUCCAAAUGAGAAGGUAAAUUUGGAUGAAGUUGAAGAACUGAUACUACCCGAUGAAAUGUUGCAGUAUCUCAAUUUGGUUAAGGAAACGGAGAAAUAUCAUGAGAAUGAUAUGCAUGAGGCAAUGUCAGGUAUAAAAUCAUCCGUUACACUUAGAAGUAGCAACCAACAAGCUCCAGUAAACGAGUUGCAAUGCCAUCAAUCGGCUAUAGCUACCGCUACAAUUAGUUGUCCUACAUAUGCUCAACGAAAUUCUGAAUCUGCCAUCUUAUCUCAGUCUCAUCGAUAUACUGUUAUCUGUAGCCGCAAGACCACAAUUGAUUCGCCAAGUAGUCCUCACGUAACAAAUCCAGGAUUUAUUGUGAUUCCAACCACUGCCCAACUAAAUGAUAAGACGCAUCCGAUCAUCGAUUCCUCAAUGACAAGCAUGCCUGAACUACCUAUACAGCCUUCACCUACCGCAGCAGGACCUCACGAUCAAAAACUGAAUAAUGGCAACGUGGAGAUACAAUGCAGGAUAGUCAGUCAAUCUCAAUUGUCACCAACGACCACAAAUAUUAAAGCAACAUUUGAAUCGAAAUCGAUUAAUCAGAAUCACAAUUCUUAUUUGCUGAUGAAUCCUUUUGCUCCUGAUACUAUGGCAAUGUCAGAUCCAAAACAAUUUUUUGAGCAACAAGCUGUGAGUAAUCUAACAUCUAUGCAUUCAGAUACUUAUCAGCGAACUUUAGAAUAUGUGCAAAGUUGUCAAAAUUGGAUGGAGACAAAUUCGUCAACACUCGCUUGCAAUAAUAGCCACAGCAACAGCAAUUUGAUAUGGCCAGAUGUAAGCAGUUCUACACAUCCGCGUCCCAGCACCAACAUGAUCAUUAAUGAUAUGACAACAUCAUUAAGCUCACUACUGGAAGAGAACCGAUAUCUGCAAAUGAUACAAUAGCAUAUUGCUUAUUCAUUUUUUGUAAUAAAUAAACUUUUUCCCAGCUAUGGAUGUUUAGUAGGUAUGAAUAUAUAAUCGGUCGCGUAACGGUCACACAAAAAAAAACAGUAAAUUUGAUUUUCCCACCUGUCGAGGUUAGUAGGUGUGGGAAUAUAAUAUAAAUUGUGUAUUCCGUCCUCCGAACUAUGGUUGAACAACAAAUGAAUGACAACGGAUGCACAUAGUUUUAAUUAAUUUGUAUUGUAAUAAAUCAUAAUGAAGGAUCCGCUAGUUGAUCCCAGUGUCUCCAAGUUACAUGAAAGUAGUUCUUAAUAAGCCAUAUACGUAUAAUUUAGAAUAGUUUUAACAUACAUACGGACAUAUACUCAAACUUAUGCGACUUAUUUACAUCUGUCUUCCCAAACGAAUUACAUUAAUUUCGAAUGUGUCAACAACAAAAAUAAAAUUUUUAUAUACUGAACAUAUUUAUAUUUAUAUUUAUAAACUCAUUAUACGUCUGUUUUUAGACAGUCACAAGUUUGGAUUUGUGAGUAGAAUAGAAAGAGGCAUCUCCGAUCACAUAAAAUAUAUGUAUAUAUUUACAGCCGUGCUCCGGUAUUCACUUUUCGUUUUCGUUUUGAAAUAAUGGUGCUCCCCUAUUCACAUUCAGAAGAUUCUUUCGAAUUGCAAAACGAGCAAGUUUGUCUUGCCGAAAUGAAAACUAAAUGCCCUUUUCGGAUCUUAUUUGCAAAAGGACACAAGUAAGAAAGCUACACUCGAGUAUGCUCGACUGUGAGAUAUCCGCGACCCAUUUUGAAUAAAAGAAAAAAUUGUGGUAUUCUCAAAAUAUGCCAAUAUAAUAUACUGCAAAUAUACUAAAUGACAAACUGUAUAUUUUUUAUAUCGAUAUAGUACCACAUUCAAAAUAUAGCCCAGGCGGCACAAUAUACCAGAUUCUCAGACAAAGUAACUAAGACCCCCAGUAACUAGGCGUUUUUGCCCAUACAAAAGUAUUUAUUUAAUAACUUCGACAAUUUUUAUCUGAUCGUUACCAAAUUUUCAGGAAUCACAAUUACUGUAGUUAUUAUUGUAAUUCGCUGCUCGAGCUUUAAAAUUACGCUUCUUAUUCAAUUUUUGUUGAUUUGCGGGAACGUAAAUGGUGGUGGCAAAAAUUUGAAACAAACUUGAUCUACGUGCAAACAUAACAAAUGCUGUCGAAAAAAUUUACAAUAAAUUCAAGAAAUUUAAUGCCUUCCGUUUCAUUAUACAAGUAUUUUUAACUUACUUUUUCAUUCCACCAAAAGUAUGGCAGCUUAGGCGAUAACUCAUGGUGUCGAAAUUAUCGGUCGCUUACCAAAACGAAAAUUGUUGUUGCCGACAGCAAAAUUUUAUUUCCAAAUUUGAGGUGGGGUCAGAAAAUAGUCGUUUUAAAAAAUAAUUACAAGCCUAAUUGAUCUUCUGGCAGUCUUAAAAGAACGACAAUAAACCAAUGAGUCAACUAUUUUUUAUACCCACUACCUAUAGGGUAGAAGGGUAUUACAAGUUUGUGCUUUUGAGGCAUCUCCGACCCUAUAAAGUAUAUAUAUUCUUGAUCAGCGUCAACAGCCGAGACGAUCUAGCCAUGUCAGUCUGUCCGUAGACAACCUUUGGCAACCUUUAUGACCCUAAAUUUGGCAUAGAAAAAGUAAAAACCAAAAAUUCAAUUAUUAAAAAAAAA